GCUUUGAAAGUUAUGCAAAUCAGAUUUCGAAAUAUUGCGAAUCGUUGAAGAAUAUGGCAUCCCGCAUUCGAUACUGCACUGACUUUGAGAAGUCUGUGCUUGUGAACAAUUUCGAAAAGCGGGGAUGGAUUCCAUGCUCACCAGACGAAGACUGGAAUUUUUACUGGGCAAGUGUGCAAACAGUGCGGCAGCUGUUCAAUGUUGAAAGUGGAUACAGAAUGACAGAUGAUCAGAUAACAAACCACUUCCCAAAUCAUUAUGAGCUGACUAGAAAAGAUCUUAUGCUGAAGAAUGUAAAAAGAUACAGAAAAGAGCUUGAGAAAGAGGGCAGUCCAUUUGCAGAAAAGGAUGAAAAUGGAAAAUAUGUCUACUUAGAUUUUGUACCAACCACAUUUCUACUACCUGGUGAUUAUAAUUUGUUUGUUGAAGAAUUUCGUAAGAAUCCUUCAUCAACAUGGAUCAUGAAGCCUGCAGGAAAAUCUCAAGGUGUUGGGAUUUUUCUAAUUAAUCGUCUUUCACAAAUAAAGAAAUGGUCAAGAGACGGUAAAGGAGGAACGUUUCUGCAUACAGCGUCACGUGACACAUAUGUCAUCUCAAGAUACAUUGACAAUCCUUUGCUCAUUGGUGGGAAGAAGUUUGAUCUUAGGCUCUACGUCUUGGUCACCUCAUACCGGCCUUUGAAGUGUUAUCUGUAUAAACUUGGAUUUUGUCGAUUUUGCACUGUAAAGUACAAUGCAGAUGUCAACGAAUUGGACAACAUGUUUGUGCACUUAACAAAUGUUUCAAUUCAGAAACACGGUGAUGAGUAUAACUCAAGUCAUGGCGGUAAGUGGACGGUGCAUAACUUGCGAGUCUAUCUUGAAGGAACCAGGGGCAAGGAGGUUACCGAAAAACUGUUUGAUGAAAUGGACUGGCUAAUCGUGAAUUCACUGAAAGCUGUCCAGAAUGUUAUGACAAGCGAUCGUCAUUGCUUUGAAAACUAUGGGUAUGAUAUCAUAAUUGAUGAUAAUCUGAAGCCUUGGCUGAUCGAGGUUAAUGCAUCACCUUCUUUGUCUUCUACAACUGCGGCUGAUAGAAUCAUGAAAUUUUCUCUAAUGAAUGACAUCAUCAAUAUAGUGAUGCCAAAUGGAGAGGUUCCAGACGUGAGAAGAGAGAAGAUACCAAGUAAAGAAGCUCUCGGAAAUUUCGAAGUUCUAUAUGAUGAAGAGCUUGCAACUGCGGAUAGUAACGAUAAAGAUGCUGGAAGAUCAAAGGCAAAUCAGUCGCGAAGUAACAAGGAAAGAGUGAAGGCGACUUGGAAGUGAAGGACAAUUUCAAUGAGUUUAAAUUCCUCCACUCUAACAAAACCCAGCAUGAAGUUGAUGUCGAGUUAGUUGAAUGAAGCUGAUUCUUGUGAACAGUGUGAAUAGAAAUCAGCAAAUACAAAGUUAGCUGAAAUUUGAAGGCUUGCAUCAAUAGUUGCAUGUGCUACUUUGAACAGUGAACUGUAAGCUGUUCUGUAUCAUUUAUAUGCGAUAUGCUGCAGUUGAAUAGCAAAAAUUUGUUCCCCGCCAUUACCAAGAGGUAUAUGUCUAAAUUUGAACAUUUCAAACUGAAAAAGUAACGUCACAUAAUGAUUUCAGAGUAACAGACAGCUCUGAAAGUAAGAUAUAUAGAAACUGAUAGAAGAUUUAAUUUUUUCCAAAUUCCAUUGUAAAAAUGUAGAAUGUUUUAUUAGCGUUGAAUGUUUCAGAAUUUAAUGCUACAAAAGUAAAUUAUUCAGUAUUUGAUAUUUUCAUGUAUUUUUCUGGAAAAUAUCUACAAUGUGAUACACUGUUCGAACAAAGCUGUAUGUAGCAUGCGAUAUGUUUAUAUCAAAUGUAAUAGUUCACUUACUGUUAUCAUAAUGUAUUCAUUUAGGCCUAAAACUGAGGGCUCUUGCGUUGAUAAAAUAUGGCUCAUGGUUUAAAGUAAACCCUUCAUAUCUUUUCACACCUAGAAAGUCAAGAUUUGUUUUUUAAAAAUUGUUUCUGCAUAACAGGAUUAUAAAGUUUGGAAAAGCAUACAAGUUGAGAGUUUCCCUAGAGCUAGGGUAGAGUGACUUGUCGAGAAAACCAGAAAAAAUUUCUUUCGUAGUGGUCAACAUCUGAUAUUCAUUUUUAAUGUAGAAUUUGACUUUAAAAAAAGAAAUUGAAAAUUCUAAUGUCCAGUAUGCAAAGUCUUUAGUGAUGGAAAAAGGUA